AAUGAGACCAUAUCACAUCCAAAAUUUUCAUCAACAUGGAUACAGUAGUGUACCUGUACAUUCCACUAAUUUUGGGCAUAUACAUCUUCACCAAGCAUUUCCUCCACAAGAUCAAAAACCUCCCACCAAGCCCUUUCCCGACCCUACCCAUUUUGGGCCAUCUCCACCUUUUGAAGAAGCCCCUCCACCGCACCUUGUCCGAUUUAUCCGCCCGUUACGGCCCAAUCUUCCUCCUCCGGUUCGGCUCACGUCCGGUCCUCAUAGUCUCCUCUCCGUCAGCCGCCGAGGAAUGCCUCGCCAAAAACGACAUCGUAUUCGCCAAUCGCCCUCGGCUCCUGUUCGGAAAAAUCAUCGGCUACAAUUACAGCAACCUCGUGUGGGCCCCCUACGGCGACCACUGGCGCAACCUCCGGCGAAUCUCCUCCAUCGAAAUCCUGUCAUCCCAUCGUCUCCAGAUGCUCGCCGGCGUACGAGCCGACGAGGUCCGGUUGAUGACCCGUAAACUCUUCCGGGCUUAUGCAGAUCAGACGGUGGACAUGAAAAAGGUGUUUUUCGAGUUGUUGCUUAAUGUCAUGAUGAGGAUGAUCGCCGGGAAGAGGUACUACGGCGAAACGGUGGAGGACGUGGAGGAAGCGACGCGGUUCCGGGAGAUUGUGGCGGAGACGUUCCACUUGGGUGGCGCAACGAAUAUGGGAGACUAUUUGCCGGUGUUGAGCUGGUUGGGAGUGAACGGAUUGGAGAAGAAGUUGAUGGUGUUGCACAAGAAGAGAGAUGGGUUGAUACAGGAGUUGAUUGAACAGCAUAGGAGAGGAAUGAAGAGUGAUUGUUCGGAGUCCAAAGAGAGAAAGAAGACAAUGAUUGAAGUGUUGCUUUCACUGCAACAAACUGAACCAGAGUAUUACACGGAUGAGAUCAUAAGAGGCAUGAUGCUGGUCCUAUUAAGUGCAGGAACUGAUACAUCAGCUGGGACAUUGGAGUGGGGACUUUCCCUUUUGUUGAACAACCCAGAAGCUCUAAAGAAGGCACAAAUUGAAAUUGAUAAUCAAGUUGGACAAAACCGUCUGAUCGAUGAAUCAGACUUAUCUAAGCUUCCCUAUCUCCACUGCAUCAUCAAUGAGACACUGCGGAUGUAUCCAGCAGGCCCAAUGCUUGUACCUCACGAGUCAUCAGAGGAGUGUACGAUAGGCGGUUUCCGAAUUCCACAUGGCACGAUGCUAAUGGUUAAUUUAUGGGCCAUACAAAAUGAUCCCAAAAUUUGGGUGGACCCCAGAAAGUUCAAGCCAGAGAGGUUUCAAGACUUGGAAGGUAGCAAGGAUGGGUUCAAGUUAUUUCCCUUUGGAACCGGAAGGAGAGGGUGUCCUGGGGAGGGCUUAGCCAUUCGCAUGGUUGGGUUGGCAUUAGGGUCAUUGGUUCAGUGCUUUGAGUGGGAAAGGGUUAGCCAAGAGAUGAUUGACAUGACCGAAGGGACCGGACUCACUUUGCCCAAGGCUCAACCCUUGUUGGCUAAGUGUCGACCACGUCCGAUAAUGUUGAAUCUUCUUUCUCAGAUUUGAUCAAAUCAACUAGUUUAAUCUAGCAAUAUGCAUUACAUUAAGAACAACUUUCAUAGAACCUUUACCGUUUCUGUGUUGUUCUAUUGUCACUAGUAUAUAACAAUAUGUAACUUUAUAUUGUCAAUUUUCCAAAAAAAUAUGUAACAUUAUAUUGUUUACUACUACAAGAUUUUGAAAAAUGAGUGUUUAAGUUGCUUUAAAA